CGGAUCUUUCGAAAUACAAUCCCGGCCCCUGACAUACCAGACGCGGCGGCCGCGGGGACAUCUCCACCCCGGCUCCCCCCUGGGUUCCCGGGUACCCUAUAGCGCUCCAUUUCGUGCAAACUGGGAAAGGAAGCAGCUGGACAGAACUACCGUGCACAGGCAAAACAGGCACUGCCCGGGCUCGAAAUUGCCCGGGACCUCUGGAGCCCGCUCCUCGGAGCCGGAGGGUGGAGAAAGCAGCAGCCUCUGGAGCACCUGGGCAUCUCUCUAGAGGUGGUGCGAUCAUGGAGGUGGUGCCGGCCGAGGUGAAUAGUUUGCUUCCAGAGGACAUAAUGGACACUGCUAUAACUUUAGUGGAUGAGGAUAGUAUUGAGGCUGUAAUUGUGUCAUCCCCAAUUCCUAUGGAGACAGAGCUGGAAGAAAUUGUCAACAUAAAUUCUACUGGUGACUCUACAGCCACGCCCAUUUCCACGGAACCAAUCACAGUGUACAGUAACCACACUAACCAAGUUGCAGUGAAUACCACAGUUUGUAAAGCAGAUUCCAAUACCACAGUGAAACCAGCAUUCCCAAGUGGCCUUCAAAAACUUGGUGCUCAGGCUCCUGUGACUAUAUCAGCCAAUCAGAUUAUUUUAAACAAAGUAUCACAGACAUCUGAUCUUAAACUUGGCAAUCAGACCCUUAAACCAGAUGGACAGAAGUUAAUAUUAACAACUUUGGGCAAGUCUGGUUCACCAAUUGUUUUAGCACUACCCCAUAGCCAACUACCCCAGGCUCAGAAAGUCACAGCCCAGGCCCAGCCAGGAGAUGCUAAGUUACCAUCGCAGCAGAUUAAAGUAGUUACCAUUGGAGGGAGGCCCGAGGUGAAACCUGUCAUUGGUGUCUCAGCACUGCCCACAGGAAGUCAACUGAUUAAUACUGCAACUCAGCCCUCUGUGUUACAGACCCAGCAGUUAAAAACAGUCCAGAUUGCUAAGAAGCCUCGAACGCCAACCUCAGGUCCAGUGAUCACGAAGCUGAUUUUUGCCAAACCAAUUAAUAGCAAAGCAGUUACGGGACAGACAACUCAAGCUUCCCCACCCGUCGUCACAGGUAGGGUUCUUUCACAAUCUACCCCUGGAACUCCAUCAAAGACUAUAACAAUAUCAGAAAGUGGUGUUAUUGGAUCAACUUUAAAUUCUACAACCCAGACCCCAAAUAAGAUAGCCAUCUCACCUUUGAAGUCGCCAAAUAAGACAGUGAAGUCAGCUGUGCAGACCCUCACUGUGGGCGGAAUGAGCACACCGCAGUUUAAGACCAUCAUUCCUCUGGCCACGGCUCCCAAUGUCCAGCAGAUCCAAGUGCCUGGAAGCAAGUUUCAUUAUGUCCGACUUGUCACUGCCACGACAGCCAGUAGCUCAGCCCAGCCAGCCGGCCAGAGUCCCAGUGUGAGCACGCAGCCUCUGCAGCAAGCAAAACCAGUGGUUGUUAAUACCACCCCUGUACGGAUGUCCGUUCCAUUUGUCCAAGCACAGGCUGUUAAGCAAGUUGUUCCAAAACCAAUCAAUUCAACUUCACAGAUUGUAACUACUAGCCAGCCCCAGCAGCGGCUCAUCAUGCCCGCCACAGCCCUGCCUCAGAUCCAGCCCAACCUCACUAACCUGCCGCCAGGUACUGUGCUGGCGCCAGCUCCAGGAGCGGGCAACGUGGGUUACGCAGUGCUUCCGGCUCAGUAUGUUACUCAGUUACAGCAGUCUUCGUAUGUGUCUAUAGCAAGCAACUCUAAUUUUACUGGAACAUCUGGCAUCCAGACUCAGGCAAGGCUUCCAUUCAAUGGCAUAAUUCCAUCAGAGUCUGCCAGUCGGCCCAGAAAACCCUGUAACUGUACAAAAUCACUGUGUUUGAAAUUAUACUGUGAUUGCUUUGCAAAUGGUGAAUUCUGCAACAACUGUAACUGUACCAAUUGUUACAACAACUUGGAGCACGAGAAUGAGAGACAGAAGGCAAUCAAGGCAUGCCUUGAUAGAAAUCCAGAAGCCUUCAAGCCAAAGAUAGGAAAAGGAAAAGAGGGGGAGUCGGAUCGGCGGCACAGCAAAGGGUGUAACUGCAAACGGUCAGGGUGUCUUAAAAACUACUGUGAGUGCUAUGAGGCAAAAAUAAUGUGUUCCUCCAUAUGCAAAUGCAUUGGCUGUAAGAAUUUUGAAGAAAGCCCCGAGAGGAAGACAUUGAUGCACUUGGCAGAUGCGGCUGAAGUCAGGGUCCAGCAGCAGACAGCAGCGAAGACCAAGCUGUCCUCUCAGAUCUCAGACUUGCUUACAAGGCCGAUGCCAGCUCUGAACAGUGCAGGAGGAAAAUUGCCAUUUACAUUUGUAACUAAGGAAGUAGCUGAAGCCACGUGUAACUGCCUUCUUGCCCAGGCAGAGCAGGCGGACAAGAAGGGGAAGUCCAAGGCGGCGGCAGAGCGCAUGAUCCUCGAGGAGUUCGGCCGGUGUCUGAUGAGCGUCAUCAGCUCUGCAGGAAAAGCUAAGAGCGACCCCUGUGCCAUGCACUGCUGACGGCGCAGCCCGAGUGGGACUGCACUGAAGGAGAAGGUGCCGGGUCACGGAUUCUCUAGAAGAUAGGUUAACAAUUACUGUAGUUUAAUUCAUCCUUUGUUUUAAGAGAUCUAAAACUAUAAUAUUGAAAGAGAAGACAUUUUAAAUGAAGAAAUUAGUACAUUUUAAAUCUUAGUUAAUUCUGCCUAUGCCCCUUCUAAAUUUUUUUUUCUUUAAAAAUUUUUCUUUUAUUGUAUUAUGUAUUUUUUAAUUUGCUUGGGUUUCUUAAGAAUUAGAUGUUCUGUCCUGAUUCUAUUGACAAAGAACAUUGAUAAAUUAUUGUAAUAUCAUUUAUAAUGUAUGGCGUUGUAUGACUUUGUUCAGCAGGAGAGGUCAGAGUGCCGUGGGCAUUGCCCGUCCCUUGGCUGCAGGUCCCGAAUGUUCACAGGUAGACUGUCUGCAUGACCGGAUUCCUGGUGAAGCAUACCUAGACGACAUUUUGUUUAGAAAAACACCAUCCUUUAAAAAACAAAAUCAGCUUUUUAGGGUGGAUUCUAGAAUGCUGUCUCUUUUCUCUUUGGGAAUAUCAGAAGGGGAAAUGAUCCCUCCCACACUUUGCAGAUAUCAACAUUAUAUUUUCUUUAAAGAAAGCAAAAUAUUAAGUGACAGUAGUUUUCAGAGUACGGGCUGUGUCUCUGCUGAGGGAUGGCUGACAGGGUCUGGGGCAUCUUCAUUUUCUCUGAAGGAAGGUGGCAUGUUUUACAAUAAUUAAAAAACAUGAUUGUCAAAGUGAUUAUGGCUAAUUACUAAGAUAAGAGACUGUGAAUUGCAGUAAACAUUUUGUGUCAUGAUGACAGAACUCAUAAGCACUAAGUCGAAAGUGCGGCUUGACGGAGAGGCAAGGACAGAGCUGAGAUCAUGUAUGGGGAAGCUUCAUGCACACACUUCUCUGCAGACCUCUGCAGCGACUUUGAAUCAGUGUGUGACUUUUGCUUGAUUUACUGAAAUGGGCCUCCUAGAAGCUUCUAAAAUUGCAGUGAGCUUUUUAUAAAGGAAGUUUAAUACAGUGUUGUUUUUAAACAGUGAUUUGGUAAGCUAAAGUGUGUGUGUUCUUGAACUUGCAAAAAUAACCUAAAUAUUCUUCAGUAAUUAAAAACUGUAUGAACUCGGGAGCCUAUUGUAAUAGGACUCUUGAGUUUAUGACAAGCAGAAAAAUAGGUUGGAAUUGAGGCAUUUUGUAAGGUACUUUAAUCCUUGGUAAUUAUUAGCAUAUGAUUAUUACCCUUCCUACAAGGACUCUAUAGUUGUAAGUAGUGAGUAUGUAUAUAUGUUCAUAGGAACAUGAAAGAUAUAGACAAUAGAAAUUUACCCAGAGGAUUCCGUUAUUCAUUUAAGUAUCCUCCAUUUAAAAUGGUUUUAUAAGAUGACAGUGCAGUAACUUUAAAUGUAGAUAAAGCAGGCGUUCUUAGCACCUCAGUCUGUUUAAGUAAACGUUGUAUAAAUGUAAAUUAGUCUAAGGACAAAAUAAUUAUCUAAUCAAGUUAUUUUUCAAAAGACUGCAAUAAGUUUUUGGUUUAAACCUAAACUUUGUUCAUUUUGUAUAUAUUAUGUGUUAAUUCUAAUCGCACCAUUGUGAUGUGUAUUUAUAUACAGUGUGCACAAAAUGUUUGUGAAUUUUUUAUUAUAAUUGUAGAUUAUGUAUGAUGGCAUUGCUUAAGAUUGUUUUGCUUGUAAAAUUUUGAAGGUGCAAUCAAAGCUACUAGUUUUGAUUUACGAAGCUUUUAACGUAUCAGCCCCAGCUUUCUGUGUGGUUCUAACUCAACAAUUUUUUGUAUUAGGCAUUGGAAUCAAAUUGCUGAACAAAGUGAAUAGCACAGUAAAUCACCAAUUUCAAAAGAUUAUUUGGGGAGGGUUCGGUCUAUAAUUUUUAAGCCCUAUUUACAUCCCAAAGUAGAAAGAUUAUAUUUACUAGAGCUAUUCAAAAAUACACUUUUCUAUAUUGUAAAAACAGGGCAGAAGAAUAAAUCAUACAGAAAAUAAACAUUUAUACUAUUCUGUAA